GCUGAGGAUCUUUGCGCACCAUGGGCACCGGGGACUACAUCUGCUUGACCCUGCGCGGCGCUGCGCCCUGGGGGUUCUCCCUGCAGGAGGGAGAGGGGGACACCCACACACCCUUUCUGGUUUCACAGGUAGAGGAAGGUGGUCGGGCCUUCCUGGCCGGAAUACAGGAUGGGGACGAGGUGGUGUCAAUCAACGGGAAUCCGUGUGCCGAUCUCACCCUUUCACGAGCAUUUGCUCUCAUCGACACGUCAGUCGACUGCCUGCAGUUGCUUGUCAAAAGAUACCACUUCACCCCCCAUGGAGGCUGUGAAUCAGAAGAGACAUGCUGCGUCGAGGGGGCUUCAUCAGACGAGCCUUUAGAGAGCACCACCCUCCACAUACUCUCCACGAGGCACAAGUCCCAAAUCCCUGGGGAGAUCUACCUAUCUACGCCCCGACGCCAGGCCAGCUAUGAGGAUGUGGAUAGCCGCAGAGAUUUUCCCAGGAGAUCCCAAGUGCCUUCCACGCAGCGGUAUGCUCCAGCUAAUGAUCAGGGAGGCCACGAGCUGGUUUUUGAGAGAGAAGUUAUGGGAGUACCGUUGUCCUUCUCCUCGGGAAACACGGUGGAGCUGCAGGUGUCCCUGGCUGAGCAAACCCUGGAUGAUUUGGGCUCUACUUCUCUUGGGAGCGCUCGUGGGAUUGAUGGGGAGCUCUCAACGAGGGAGGCCGUCGAGUCUACCACCACCAGUACGUUGCACUUUGUGCCGUGCCCGGCCAGAGAGCCCCUGGGCCAGCAUGGAGUGGUGGUCGGCUCCCCCUCGAUGCUGGGGCAGGUGGAGGUCAUUCUGCAGCAGCCGGCAGCACCGGGAGAAGGGAGGGGCGUCCUGAGCGUGGGUGGCCCCGGGGUCAGUAAAAGCGAUGAAUCCCAAAGGGAAGGACAGGAGGGAGGAGGGUACUGUGCGGGUGUCCCUGGGUCUUUUACUGUCUCAUUUGAAAUUCCAUCAGAAGAGGCGACACCAGCAGAAGAGCAGGACUCAGAUUCGGACGGGGAUCGAGACAAACCCAACAAGCAUCGGGCGAGACAUGCAAGGCUGAGGCGCAAUGAGAGCGUGUCUGACAAACAGCUGAAGGAGGCCAAGUCCAAGUGUAAACGCAUUGCUCUCCUUCUUACGGCGGCACCACCCAACCCCAAUAAUAGGGGGGUGUUGAUGUUCAAAAAACAUCGUCAGAGGGCCAAGAAAUACACACUUGUGAGCUACGGGACUGGAGAAGAACAACAGGAGUACAGUGACGAAGAGGACGAGGAAGACGAAGACAAAGAAGAAACUGUUACUGGUGAAUUUACCUUUGUGGCUUCAGUCAGUGCUAAAUUAAACAACACUUAUCUCACUGGUGACACAAGUAGCAAAGGUGUGCUAACUGUUAAUGUGGACAAGGGUCUUCUUGAAAUUGAAAAGAGCAUGAACAACCAAGCUGAGAUGGAGUCUUUGCCGGACACCCAAGGCAAGGGUGCCUUGAUGUUUGCUCAACGACGUCAGAGGAUGGAUGAGAUUUCUGCUGAACACGAUGAGCUUAGACGCCAGGGGAUCCCCGUGGAAGGACUUCAGGAGGCUGAAAAUAAGGUAGUGGAGCAGACAUACAUGCAGUCCACAACAGACGGCCAUGCUUACAUGGAUGUAAAUAUGCACCAGCAAAGCCAGCAACAGCAGUACCAGCAGUAUCAGGAGCAACAAUACUAUGAGCAGCAACAAAACUACCAACAGCAACAACAAUACCAACAAUAUCAACAGCAGCAGUAUGAACAAAGGCAAUAUCAACAACAGCAACUGUAUCAGCAACAGCAAGAUUAUCAUCAAGAGAAACAGCAAAUGCAGCAGUACUCUACAAAUGUCAACGGUAUGGUGCAGCACCAAACCAGUGAAAUGCAAAGUUCUUUGAGCAAUCGUACUGCGAAGCCUUUCACUGCAGAAAACAUGAUUGCAGCCCCUUAUUCUCAUACAGUGAGUGGGACCACUCUAGAUUCUGUGGGUCAAGGAGAGCAGAUAGCUUCCCGUGAUGAGCGCAUUUCUACUCCUGCAAUAAAGACCGGCGUUCUGUCUGAUUCAAGGAGAAAGAAUACUAUCAAGCCGAUGUUCACGUUUAAAGAAGCUCCAAAAGUAUCGCCCAACCCAGAAUUACUGAACCUCCUCAACAAGAGUGAUAAAAAGAUGGGUUUUGAGUCAGGACCUGAGGAAGACUACCUCAGCCUAGGGGCGGAAGCUUGCAAUUUCCUCCAAUCUCAACGAGUUAAGCCCAAGAUCCCCCCCCCAGUUGCCCCAAAGCCUGCGAUCAACCCCAACUCUCCUCCUUGGUCUCCACAGAUAGAAGGAGCCAAUCCGGACAUGCCUCAAUGUGCCGAAAAUACUCUGUCCACACCUGCUGUAGCCCCCACCGUGGAGACUGCCCCUGCUCUAGAACUCAAGCCAAGCACUGCACCUGCCCCUCAGCCCCCUCCCCUCCCGCCCCCCGCCCCCCAGGAGACCCCUGCCAGCGCCAACAUAGCCGGACAGCAUGCGUGGACUGUCCCAGAGCCAGAGUCUCAGCCUCCGCCUCCGCAAGUGAUCCAUCAGGAGGCAAAUGGUCCGAUGAAGUCCACUCUGCAGCCCGAGCCUUCCCAUAUGACGAGCUGGGGUGUGGAACAAACACAGGCACAGCAUCAGUCAUCUUCCACUUCUUGGCAUCAUGCUCAAGUGCAGCCCCAGGAACCAGUUUCAAGUCAGUCCCCAACACAGUCCCCAUGGCUAACACGUCGGCCUACUCCGAACCAGGCACCGCCUCAACAACCCACAAAUACUUGGACCCCUCAAAGUCAGCCAUCUUGGGCUCAACCACAAGAACAAGCACAAGGCCAGAGCCAGCCUCAGCCACCCUGGGUCCACCCUCAAGAGCAACCACAAUCUCAAGUCCAAGUUCAACCACCGUGGGGACUCCCUAAUGAUCAGCCACACCAUCAGCAUAUGCAGCCAGCCUGGAGUCAAACCCAAGAAUCAAUGCAGCCACAAUCACAGAACAAAUGGCAGCAGCCAUCUCAAAUGGAUACUCAGCACCAAACACCUUGGGUGCAACAGCCGCAGCAAAAACCCCAAGUGCAGCCUCCUUGGGCUCAACAAGUUCAGCCAGAACCCCAGGCACAACCACCAUGGGUUCAGGAACAACAGCGUCAGGCUUUGCAACAGCCAGAACCCCAGGCACAACCACCAUGGGUUCAGGAACAACAGCGUCAGGCUUUGCAACAGCCAGAACCCCAGGCACAACCACCAUGGGUUCAGGAACAACAGCGUCAGGCUUUGCAACAGCCAUGGCCACAGGCCCAAUCACCUCAUCAACCGCAACCACCUUGGGUUUCAAGUCAGUCUCCACAACAACCUCCAGUUAAUACAUGGCCCCAGUCCCAAACACAAACCCAAGUUCAGCCACCAUGGAUCCAAGUAGCUCAACCACAACCUCAUGUACAACCUCAAGCACAACCUCCGGCACAACCUCCAGCACAGGCUCAAGCUAAUCUGAAUCCAUGGGCACCAGUACCUGCCCAGACGCAGCCCCAACCUCCAUGGACUCAGCAUCCUAUAGAGCAUGGUCAGCACCAAAUGAAUUCAUGGGCCCAAGAGCAAAAUCAGGCCCAACAUCAACCACCUUGGGCUCAACCAGCUCCAUCCCAGCCUGCACAGCAGCCAAGCUGGCACCAGCCGAUAUCAAAUCCUCCACCACAACCACAAAUUGACACAUGGUCUCCGUCUCAGGCUCAGGUUCAGACACCUGUGAAUUCCUGGACAGCCCAAUCACGGGAAACACCUGUCAAUGUUUCCAUGUCUACAGUUAACACCCGUCCCUCUCCUAAACCUUGGCAAGCAAUGCAAAAUACGCCACAAAAUCAGGACAUGCCUCCUCCACCACCACCACCACCACGGCGAAUGCUCUCUUUCACCCUUGGUGAAAGAUCUGAAUCCCCUAUCAACCCCAUGGCCACUAUCUUAAAUCCCAAAUCAUCUCAUGGUUCAGCUUUUGAGAUGCCAGUUGUCAAGGGGAAAGGAGCGGAUAUGUUCGCCAAGAGGCUGUCUCGUAUGGAGAAGUUUGUCGUGGACUCUGAGACUGUCGAGGCAAACAAGGCGAUCCGAUCAACAUCACCAACUCCUUCCUUACCGAAUGAAUGGAAAUAUACUCCCAAUGCAUUUGGCAGGAGCUACUCUCUUUCUCCACCAGCCAGGCUACCGUUUGCAAGCCAGAAACCAGCUUCUGCUUCCUCCUCUCCCAAGCCUCCAACCCGGGCCUCCACGAUUCUCCCAACAUCCUGGCUAGAGAAGGGCUUCAAACGGCCCACCCCCUGGGAGGCCGCGUCCCGGCACCCCCUGGGCCUGGUGGACGAGGCCUUCUCUUUUCAGAACCUCCAGCAGUCUCUCGCUUCAAACGUCUGCCUGGCGGCUCAGCGUAAAAUGAUGCCCGAGGCACCAGCGGAGUGGAAGGUCGGGCCUUCUCUACACGCUCAACAGAGAACCGGCAGCCAGACCUGGGGCCGAAGCUGCAGUCAGGGUCGAGCUCCCCUCCCAUCGUUCAUCUCCCCAACAAAAAGCCCUGUCUCCUCCCCAGUAGGUCACGCGGCUUACAGGUCUCUGCCCAGACGGUGGCAGCCUCAGAGGUACGUGGCAGAGGUGCAGCCCUCGGCGUCUCCGUCCACCUAUAACAAGCAUCUGGAAAAGGAAACUUUCAAGUCUGGUGCGAGUGCGAGCAGCACCUGGAGGUGGAGGCAGUAGGAUGCGGCUCGGCCUGCGUGUUCAUGAACGAAGACCUGUUUAGUCUUGGAGUCAACAGUACAAAUCAGAAGGAGACUUGUGAUAAGCUGACGUAAGCUUAGAAAUUACAUCAGUUACAUUACAAGUGUAUACAAAUGUGUGUUUCUCUUUUCUUUGGUAAAUACACUGAAGUUGGCGUGUACUGUAGUUCAGCGUGAGGAAAUGAGUAUGUUGUUCAGAAUGGAUAUGAGUAUUAAUAAACACCCAUCAGCGGCACACAGUUUAAUCCUCGCAAAGCUAUCAGGAGAUAAAAUAGAAUAAGAAUUUUAAAAAAGAAAGAUGAGAGGGAUUAGGUAAUAGUGUAUUUAAGGGUUAGCGCAGGUUUUAAGAUGUAAAAUCAAGAUACAUGAUGGGUGUUCUAUAAAAAUGGACAUAGACUUUGAAAGAUUUUUAGAAAGCCAGUAGUUACUGAUGUGCCAAAGUGGCCUGCCCUUAUCGGUGCCACACCAGUCUUCAGCUGUGCAUGAGUGAGCGUGUUACUUAAACUGAGUUAAAACUGGCUUUUGCAAAGAAAAGUGAGAGUUUGACCGCAGAUUCAAACACGACGACUUCUUUUUGAGUUUUGUUUCUCACAACGUUUCCUCCUCGAGUCCGUCAUUUCCUUGCAUGUAGGGUUUGUCUUCCUCAGAGCAACAAACAUGACAUGACAUUAAAGUCAUUUGCUUCUUGAGGUUAA